AUGAAUCGACUCACUUACCUGCUUCUCAUUGUUACUGCCGCUGCGGCCGUUCCUAGAGCUUAUGCCGGCUGGAAUCCCCAGCAGCCACCGUACUAUACUGUCGACAGCAUCUGCCGACCAUUUGGCAUGAACGAAAGAAGGGCAUGCUUCACGACAGACGUCGAUGUCUCACAACCGAAAGCAGGAUCCCACUUCAACGGAUUCUUGUCCGAAGAUGGCAAGCAGUUUGCCAUUUACGCAGACACACAGCCUGAUUCGCUGCUCAUCCUUGACGACUAUACGAUCAAGGUCACCUAUCCAGACGACAAAGAUCUGGAAGCCAGAUACUGUGCUCAGGCGGGUGUCGCAACCAACGAUGGUCAGCUGGUUGAUUCGACGUUGUUCUGCAUCGAUUCCACAUACUGGCUGCACAUUCCCAAGCCUGUCAAGUAA